CGGAAGUGACACACUGAAGUCGGCAGGUAGAAGUUUCUUCUGUCGUCGCGCGUACCUGGCUGGCUGGACGUUGGAAGUUGUUAUGGCGCUUGGGCACUUCCCCUUGUUCUGAUCCUACUCUCCAUCCCUUUCGGGGUGUCGGCCCACAGUUUGGAGCAGAUCCCCUGGAAGAAAUUGGGCACACACAGGCGGCAGGACUUGAGGGACCUUCCUCUCUCCAUCCCCCACCCCCAGCCGCAAGGCACCGGGAAGCUCCUCUGCACCUUCGGAGCGGGGGAGGGACGGGGAGUGCUUAGGAACCCCGCCACUCAAUGGGCAGGCUCCGGGACCCCUCUGCCUAAGGGAAAACGCUGCCGGGCCGGGCCGAGCCGAGCGGGUGAUGUCCGCUCCCUUGGAAGCCGGCGCUGCCGCUGCCUCGCUGCGAUUAGCUGCGGCCGCUGCCUGGUGGGUGGUACGGAGGCGCCUCCCGGCGCACUACCCCCGAGUGCUGCAGCUGCUGGGAGCCCUGAAGGCCGCCGCUCCGGGGCUGGUCCGGCCCCGGCACCACGCGCGGCUCUGCCUGGGGUUGCGGGCCAAGGUGGUUGUGGAGAUGAUCUUGGAGGGCCAACCCUGGUCCCUGGUUCUGGAUGCCCUAAACCAUCAUUUCCCAGAGUCCGGCCCACUCGAGUGCGGCUCCAAGGGGCAGACUAUGCGGGAUCUGAAGGUUAUGGAGGCACAUGAGGCUUUUUGCCAACGAGUGAAACAGCUGGCAAAGGAUCCUGAAGACUUUGCCAUUCAGCUGCAGGAACUGGAACAAGAAUAUGGAGAACCUUUCUUAGUUGCCCUGGAGAAGUUAUUAUUUGAAUACCUGUGCCAAUUGGAAAAGACACUACCUAUGUUACAAUUGCAAGAGCUUAAGGAAGCAUUAAGAGGGAUGCAAUCUGAAACUUUGGUCCCCCUUCCCCUUGCCCUGACUCAGUAUUGCAUGGACAUGGGGUGGCUACUUCAAGAGUCCCCUCUUUUUACUUCAGUGAGGGGGGCAGAACCCCAAGAGCAGAGUCUUGUACCUUCUCCCCAGCUGGAACAAGUAUUCCAGGAUCCUGUUCCCACAACCAAAUCCAGCACUCCCUUUCCCCAGGGGCAGGAUUUGAGGAAACCCCCAGAGGCCCUCACUGGUCGGGACUUCAACCUGGCCCCUCUAGGCCGCCGGCAAAUCCAGGCAAAUUGUGCAUCUGCCAGGGGAGGUCAUAAGAAUCGGCCCACUGUCAUGCUUUUCCCAUUCCGAAGUAUGUGCCUACCAGUCCAGGAUGUAAUUACGCAUGAGAACAGUAAAGAACGUGGGCAGCCCGUGGCAGAUCCAGCAGGCACCAUGGCCACAAGGUCAAUCCCUCAUGGAAAGCACAGAAAUUCAGCUCGUUCCCUGAGAGGGAAGGCUCAGGAGCAGGGGAACUGGAAUUCUGAUGAGCCCUCCUCAGAGCAGAAGGAGAACUGCCUGGAUUACUCCCUGGAGCCCUUGAGGCUGCCAUUACCUGCUGUUGGGGCCAGGGAGCCAGUGUGUUCCCCAUCUCUGUGCAGCCCUGUGGUUACCAUAGGGGACUUGGUUCUGGACUCUGAUGAUGAAGGGAAUGGCCAGAGGGGAGGGAAGAAGUUUCUUGAAAACUAUCAGAAGACGAAGUUUGGCACCCUGAUCCCCACCUUCUGCGAAUACCUCUCCCCUGUUGAGCAAAGUUCUGUACUUGCCCAGGCCCCGUCCUGUGGCCAAACUGGCCCCAUUAAGACCCAGUGGCUUAGGUCUCUUUGAUGUGGCUAUGGUGGAAUUUCACCACCCCGUAGGUGGUAGAGAAUUGGAAAAUGGACUGAGCAGAUUUGGCUUGCCCUGGGGGCUUAGGUCCCUUUAUUUUGGGACACAUGAUUGGGCUUACCUUACCACAUUAUCAUACCUUUCUUGUUUUGUUUUUUUGUAACAGCCAGUGAUUAAAUUUUGAAUCUUCUGAAAUGUUGUCUUGGCUAUGAGGUAAGGCAGGCUAAGGGUGCCAUAUGCUGUCUGUACAAUGUCUCAAAUAAACUCAAGUUCCUUUCACCUGGUCCAGGAA